AUGGGUCUGGGUUUGGGCCUGGUUAUGGAUAUUGGAGUUGGUGUUGGUGUUGGUGUUGGUUGUCGCCCUGUCCGCCGGUGCGCCGGUCCACCGGUCCGUUCGAGAGUGCGAGUACCAGUGCGAGUGCGUGGUCUGCCGGCGAGGAGUAUAAAAGUAACGCAAUGCACGCAAUCCACUUACAGUUGCAGUUCUCCCUCCAAGCCAAGUGAUUCGUAAUCCAGCGCAAACAUGAAGCUUCUGAUCCUCACCACUUUGCUGGCUGUGGCACAUGCCGCCCCUGGACUUCUCGACUAUGGACAUUCGGCACCGGACUAUAGCUACGCGCAUGCUGCUCCAGCCAUUACCUACGCGGCUGCAGCGCCAGUGAUUAAAUCCUACGCUGCUCCUGCCAUCACCUAUGCGGCACCAGCUCCAGUGAUUAAAUCCUACGCUGCCCCGGCCAUCAGCUACGUCCAUGCUGCUCCCGCCAUUAGCUACGCUGCACCCACGGUGGUCAAGUCCUACGCAGCUCCAGUGGCUGUCAAGGUGGCUGCCCCGGCCACCAGCUACUCCCACUUCAGCUCGGUUGUUUCCCAUGCCACGCCCAUUGUGAAGUCAUACGCUGCGCCGGCUAUCAGUUAUGCUGCAGCUGCUCCGGUUUACAAGUCGUAUGCCGCUCCGGCCAUCAGCUAUGCCCAUGCCGCGCCUGCCAUCAGCUACUCUGCUCCCACGGUGGUCAAGUCCUACGCGGCCCCGGCCAUCAGCUACGCAGCUCCGGCCCUGGUGAAGUCCUACGCCGCUCCUGCAUUGUCCUUGGGCGGCUAUGGUGGCUACGAUGACCACGGCUAUGGCUACCACUAAGACAGUAGGCUCCAAUACCAAAUCACUCCAGGUCGAUCCCAAAUCGGGGAUGGAGUAGAUGGAG